CACGUUCUUGCUUCGCGAGGCCAUUAGAGCUACUGGUGGUGCUGCUGCUGCAAGUGCGAAAAACGUUCCCGGCUGAAGCUGUCAUUGGCCCAUCGAGCUACAAUAGACCACCCAGUGCCAGCCUUUCCAUUUCGAAAUAUCGACUCCUAGUUGGCGUUCGUCUUUAGUAAUAGACGAGAUGACUACUGACGAAGGAAGUAUUCUUGCCAAGACCGUUCAGCCACCGGCGAAUGGCUCCGCAAUCCUGACGAAACAGACCAGUUCGGUGAAAUCCAGGAAGUCCGCAACCCCCAAAAUUGAGAAAAGUGCCUCCCACCUCGAGCUCGCCUCAGACAACGAGCCGGCACCCAAGACCACCAUUCAGGGCGCGCCCCCCUUGAAGAUUGCAGCCACAGCGCCUCCGCCUGCAGGCGCCGUGACGAGUGACUUGUCUAGCGGUCCCAAGGGAACCACGGGUGCGGGAGACAAGUUAAAGGCGCUGUUCGGCGACAAGGACCAGCGCGGGUACGACAAGACGCCUGCACGCCCUGGUGCAUUCGCCGGCGUGCUGAUAGGCUUGUUCUGUUCGCUCGUCGGAUUCGCCAUGCUCGCUUUCGCCAUGGCCAUCUCGCGGCGCGCGGAGGAAGUCGCCGACGCGUCACUGCCCUGCGAAACCGAGCAGUGUCACGAGGCGCUCAAGCUGCUCGACACGUCUGGGAACUUGACAGUGGACCCAUGUCAUGACUUCUAUGACUACGUUUGCUACCGAUGGACGCAGAACGGCAGUUUCAUGGGAGAGAUCAUGGAGAAUUUUUAUUCCCUCCUGGACAGCAUUAUCAUGCCAGGGGAACUGCCUUACCCGGACGCCUAUGGAUCCCACAUUUUCUUCCACACAUACAGGGCUUGCAUUAGUUUUAUGAACAACAGUCAAGAUACUACGGUUCUGGCAUCCGUUCUUCCACGUUUGCAAAAGCAUGCCAGUAGCCUGCACAACAUACCUCAGCGUGAUUUGAUUAUGGCCAUAGCGACACUGUCGGCAGUGAACGGCAUCGACGUCCUCUUUGGCAUCGGGCUUGAAUUAUACGAGAAAAACACGUACCCUGCCCUUACGAGUGGACGUUCAAUUAGAAAAGCAUUCGAAGGCCUUCCCAAUUUCGAAAGUCACCUGGAAGAAGCUCUCGCAAAGAUGGUUACGAACGCACCCGCGAAAAACUUGGUUGGUGACAUCCUGAAACUCGACGACAUCGUGAACGCUGCCUUUGAAAACGACUCUGACACGAGGCUGCUCAAUUUGAGCUCGAUUACCGAGGUAGCUCGAGAAUUUGGGCAAGCCGAUUGGUCAUCUCUGUUUCAGAAGCACCUGCGUGUGCCUCGAGCAGAAGGGUUCCUCUGGACUGGCCAGAACCAGGUAGAGAACAUCCUGAGAGUCAUAAGUAGUAAUACAACGAGCGAGACAGUGCGAGCCUAUCUGUCACUACAGGUAGCCGCGGAGUUUCUUGCUCUCUACUUCAAGAGUAGGCUCUCAAGCGUGGACACCACCGAGCUGGAAACUCGCAAGACCUGCCUGAAGACAGCGUGUCGUGUCGCCAGUCACGCCUGCUCGUACCAAAUCAGCCGCCUGCUGGGCCUGCCCCCCAUCGCCGAAGGAGACACGCAAGUGCUGCUCGACGCGGUCGUCGACGCGUUCUCCAAGAACCAGGGCUUGGUCCCGUGGAUCGACAGCCGCCGUUGGGUCACCCUGAUAGCAACGUUCAGGAACACGACCGUGACGCUUCCUCACCGGCUCGUCAGACAGCUCACUGACCGCAGCACGCCAGUCUACCCCAACAUCAGCGAGUGGUCCGGUGACUUCCUGAACGAGCACCUGACCUUGAUGGGAGACCACAAGACGGCGUCCGUAACUUACCCGCUGCCUGUUGGCAUGGAACUGCUGGCCGAGCGGCAAAUCGAAGGUGCCUUCACUUUCAGCGAGCUGCUCAACAGUGUCGUUCUUUCGGGUGCUCUCAUCAGUGCCCCGGUACUGUACUCCGCCACGAUGCCAAGAGAAUUCAACUUCGGAACAAUCGGUUCCCUUCUGGCUCGUGAGAUCGCGCACGUCAUCACUCCAGCGAGCAGUAAAGAAUGGUGGGACGAGCGUUCGCAGGAAGGCUUCCGAGAAGGCACCGAGUGCCUUCGCCAAGUUCACAGCUCUUUCAACGGACAUUCUUCGGGCUGGAACGUUGCCACUGCCUCGAAGUUGUUCGCUUUGACCAUGGCGGCGAGGACUGCGAUGGAUGCGCUACUCAGCGGUGCUGGCGGUAUUGGCGGUGCCCCUGUGCCCGGCUUCCAGCAGCCCCAGACAAGUACCGAUGCCAUGAGGACGUUCUUCCGGCGCUUCUGCUUGCUGUCGUGCGGUCACGACGAGCUCCACCUGUCAGCGCGCAGCCUCUGCAUGAUCCCGCUGAUGGGGAUGCCGGAGUUCGCGGGCGCAUUCCGCUGCCCUCGUGGCACGGUAAUGAACCCCAACGACAGCUGCGCUCUAAGACUCCCUGAGCAGCGAGAUUUGGAGCGUACCAGAAAAUUUUGA